AUGUCUCUUCUAGAACAGCAGCUUUCUGCCAUUGCACAGAACACCCAAACUGUGGCACUAGAUAGAAAGAAGCGAUCAAAAAUACAUUCUGUCUCGUUCAUCUAUAGCUCCCAGGAGGCUGCCACGCAAGACUACGAGACAAUAUAUUAUGAAGCACUUGAAGCUCUUGGUCGUCUGGAGCAAAUCGACAAGCGCUUUGGAAAGUUCAGACUAUCAAUUUUCAGUGAAACAUCGAUAGGUAUUGACAGACAGAUUCAAUCUCAAAAGCAAAACGAGAAUCUAGACAAGACAAUAAAUGCCUUUCUAUCUUUGGUUGCACCAUACUGGCAUCUGGCCAUCGCUCUCAGAGCCUCUGAGUGGCUACUGAGAAGAUUCCAAAUAAAUUAUCAUAAUGCUGAGCAUCUUCUCUUAACUACACUUCCAUAUUAUAAAGAGCCUGUGUUCGAGAGAGUGUUAUAUGUUUUGCCAAAAAUGCCAUUGUUGUUCCAAUGGCUCUCUGCAUUUAAAAAGGCAAAUAACAAGCUACCUUCGAGAAACAGUAUAAUCAAGGCGUUCACAGAUACAGAUUUUUACAAUUUGUACUCCAAAUUUCUCGGCGAAGAAAUUGCGAAGAACAAUCAAUAUCGGUUGCAGCUUGUUUUCUUUGUCAGUAUGACGAUCUCUGCGCUCGCUGCCUUGUCAUCUGAGAACUCAGUCAAGUUGGUUGAUUUUGUUCCUCAUGUACUCACUAUUUGUGGGUCUCUUCUUGUAUCGCAAGAUCAGGACUCGAAAGUCGGUGGCUACACGAUCAUGGCGGUCUUAUCGUCUGCAGUUCCUCUUUCUAAAGAAGUUCUCAUGGCAUCCAUCGAAACUAUUCUCAUUCACGUUCAGUUCGACAAUAAAAGGUCACAGACACAGGCAUUUACCAGCAUCCUCAAACUAUACCAGGCAGUGCAUACCAAUCCAUUAGACUCGCUUCCUCUUUCUAUUUUCAAUCGGAUGCCUGAAUUUCUGGACGAAGAAUCUCCUUACUUUGGACUCAUAAAUCGGUCCCAGGACACUAACUUUGUGUGUUCCUAUCUGAUAACAUUAAUACUCAAUCAAAAAUUGGACGACAGAGCCGCAGCCACAAGUUGCCUCUUUUCUUUCAAUUUCGAGCAGACUCAAGCCUUGUGCAAGGCAAUCUUUGAUAAUCUGAGUGUUCAUGACACAUCUGUAUAUGUGCACAUCCUGAAGCACAUCAAGAAUCAGUCUCCAGAGUGGUUCAGUGAAUUAUUGGAUGCAAAUGGAGUCAGUAUGGAUCAAUUAGAAAUGUCCCUCCAGACAACUUUCUCCGAACCUCAGGAAAAUGACACGCAAGAACCACUUGAGGAAGACAACGGAUCUAUCGCCUUAGACGAGGAUUUGGAGUCGGUGAAAAAUUCCUUUGCAUCGUACAUGCAAUAUGGUGCUCAAAUAGAUACGGAGUUCUCUCUAUUGCUAAAUCACUAUAUGAAAUCCAUGCUAAAGGGCUCCACCAACUCGUUCCUUUCUUCGUGCUUUGGAGAUAUAGCACCUUUACUCACUUUUCUUCUACGUGUGUCUUUCUUGCAAAACAUUCCGCUCAAGGCAAGAACAUAUGCUCUCAAAUUAGUCUCUGCCCAGAUUCGAUCAUUGGACGCAAAGUUUAAUGUUAACAUUUUGAUCCCUAUUCUUUCUGCACUGCUUCUGGAUGUGAAUAGACUCAUCCGCUCCAAUGCACUGGAGAUCUUCAAACAGGCCAACUUGAGAUCUGCAGGAAAGGAAUCCAUUUUGGAGACAACAUUGUAUGGGGAUUCAACUAAGGAAAUUUCCAUGGUGUCCCCAAAAGUCGGUCAUAUACUUGUCGAAAAUAUAAUCGAGAAAGCUGCCGACAUAAGUACAACUGUGGACCAAUUUGGAAAGCUAUUUGUAUCUUUAGUCGGCGAGAAGAAAACGGGACCAAUCAUUUUGGCAUUCUUUGCUUCGCAUGCAAACAUCAUCAUGUUGCCAGCUCCGAAGCUCCAACUGAUCAGACUGGUUACUGACGCCGCAAAAGCAACAAAAGGAGCAUUGCCUCCAUCCCAAAUCUUGGAAAAGGUUUUGAAGUCUUUUGUUAUCGAAAGAGAGGUUUGGAGGUCAAAAUGUAUAUUUUCAGGUGUUGAUUACGCGGACUUCGAGAAUCAGAUUGUUCGUAUCGUUUCAGAAAAAGAGCACAACGACACUGCCAUCAAAUUCCUUGAGGAAGCCCUUAACAGCUCUUCUGAGUCUUUAUCGAAUGCUGCAGCUACCAGACUUACCGAAUUGCUUCCGACGUUCAAGUUUGAGCAUCAGAUCCGCAUCGUCAAAACAAUAAUCAGUGCAGGAUUAUCAGAAGAUGAUACCACUAUUUGCUACGAUGCAGUCGAGCUACUGGAAUCGCUGACUUUACCAAACAACUUAUUUGUGCAAAUUUUGAAAGAUUCGUCUCUCAGCAACUCAUCAGAACAGCAGUCCAAUAUUCCUAAACGAAGAAGGAGAUCAUCUGCAUCAACUAGGCAAGCAAUGAAGGAACAAGAGGUUUCUUUCAUGGCUUCCACACAUUUGAAGAAAGUCACGAUGAUACUGGACGUUUUGGAAAAAGAAAGUAGAGAAAACUUCAAAGGCUCAUUCGAGUUGUUGAAAUUGCUGUUCGAUAUCCUAGAUGACUUGGAAACCUUGGGAACUGACGGAAAACUGCCAAUUUUGUAUUCUGAGGAGACACUAGCUUCUUGCAUGACAAACGUGAUAAAGUCCUUGGAUAAGACCCAAAUGAAGAGUAAGGAGAUCACCUCGAUUCGUGCGGACAUUGUUGUCUCAGCAAUCAGAUCUUCAAGCUCGCCACAGGUCCAAAACAAAUUACUUCUGGUGGUUGCUGCGCUGGCAGCAUUUUCUCCAGAACUGAUAUUACACUCUGUGAUGCCGAUAUUCACCUUUAUGGGUGCACACACAAUUAGACAGGAUGAUGAGUUUUCCUUCCACGUUGUUGAACAGACAAUUUUAUGCGUGGUCCCAGCCUUAGCCGAAGCUACUACUUCGGAAAUGGUGGAAGAAGUUGAAUUCUUGCUUACUUCUUUUGUGAGCGCUUUCCAGCAUAUUCCUCGUCACAGAAGAGCCAGACUAUUCACGACAUUGGCUAAAACUCUUGGUAGCUCUAGCUCGAUUCACCUGAUUUUGUUCUUGUGCGGUCAGCAAUACGCAAACGCCUACGCCAAACACAAAAUGGGCGAUUGUUCUGCGUUGACAGACUUUUCAUGCUCUUUCUUGCAAAACUUCAAGGUCGAAGAACAGUUAGAGGCCAUUCAGAAGUUCCUUGAUCAUUGGAAAAAGGUUCCUGAAGAACCAGUGGACAAGGAAUCACCUAUAUUUACGGAACUAAGCUCUAGAGUCAUAUUUGGACCUGCCCUUGUGGCAUUAAACAAAUCCGAGUUAUUCAACUUGAGAAAGUGCCUGCUCUCCUUCUUGAGACACACCAUUUCCGAUGCCAAGGACAUCAAUGGAAUUUCUAGAUUGAGACUGAAGAUUGCUUCUGCCUGCCUUCAAGGUGGCGAUCCUCAGCCACUGCUCAACAGUUUCGCCAAAUUGGUGCAAGAUGUGCUUGAGAUUAUCGACUCUCAUCAUCAGGAGAUCGAAGAAGUGGAGAUAAUGCAUAAACUUUACAAACUGCUCAAUGAUAUUUUGAGUCUGCUUCCUAUCGAACAUUUCGUGGACUCUAUAUCCAACAUUCUGUCUUCUCCACAUGCUUCAUUGAAAACUCUGAUCCACAUCACUUCUCUCACGGCAUUCAAAUUCAGUUCCGAGCACGUCGAGGAUCCAAAUGCUCACGAAGGAAUUGUCCAUCUGCUUCCUCUUCUUUUGUCCAUGAUAAGCUCGCAAAGGGACGUCGAACUAUCACAGACUUCACUCGAUACGCUCUCUAGUCUGUUCCAAAAAUACACCAUUCACAUCGACUCGUCGCUGUAUUUGCAAACAUUGGAUGUUGUUACCUCCUCAGCAGGUUUGCUCAAUGGCGCCCCGGAGAUUGUGGUUUCGUCGAUCAACUGCAUUACCAAUGUGAUCAGCAUCAUCGGAGUUAAAAUGAUUGGCUAUUUUACCAAAAUUCUGCCUCCACUCUUUGACAUCUUCGAGAAAACAGACGAAAAUACCGCCCCAUUAGUUCAAACUGCAACGCUUGUUCUCUUUACCAGUUUGGUCAAAAAGAUGCCAUCGUUUGUCACUCCUAAUUUGGCGGACAUGGUCAAAAUUGUUUUCCGUUCGUCUCAAGUUGCAGACUCUGUUCGUACGUCUGUGCUGACGGUUAUGGUGGAUCAUAUGGACGGUAGAACUUUGCUACUUACAUUCUGUUCACUCUGGAAAUAUGCCUCCAAGCUUGACGUGAUUGCAAUCGGCCUUCACCUGUCUGCUAUGGAGAUGGUGAUAGAGAAAAUUGACAAAAAAACGGCAGUCAGCAAUUCGGGUGCAUUCGUGAAAUUCCUCUUGCUAGCCCUGGAAUACCGAGCUGAUACUGAUUUGGAAAUCAACACAGUGAAUAGAAUUGAGGCCUCAGUUCACAAGUGUGGUCUGCAGUAUGUGCUCAAGCUGAACGACAAAACCUUUAGACCGUUAUUCGCCUCGAUUGUGAGGUGGGCAUUCGAUGGUGAAGAUGUGACCACUUCGAUCACCGAAACAGACAGGCAUAUUGCGUUUUUCAAACUUUUCAACAAGUUGCAAGAGAACCUCAAAUCUAUUAUCACCUCCUACUACGCAUACCUGGUGGACUCUGUUGAAUCGCUGCUAUACAAGUUGCAAAAAACCGACCAGAUCAAUUUGAAAAGAUUGGUGUUACUCUCGUUGGCAUCAUCGUUCAAGUAUGACCAGGAUGAGUACUGGCACUCAGAAACAAGAUUCACGCCAAUUUCAGCAGCUCUGUGCUCUCAAUUCAGUACGAUCGAAGACUCCAUUGGGAAGUAUCUGGUUAGAGCGGUGACAAGUCUCGUGCAAGCAACUAGUUCAUCGGACGAGCACAACAAAACUAUCAAUAGUCUGCUUCUGAGCCAUAUGAAGGCCACUUGUAAGCCUAAGGAGAAACUCUGGGCAGUGAGGACAUUGAAAAAUAUUUACAAGAAAGUCGGAGAGAGCUGGCUUGGAUUGCUUCCUCAACUGGUUCCAAUUGUUGCCGAAUUAUUGGAAGAUGAUGAUGAGGAAGUAGAGAUGGAGGUGCGGACUGGUCUUGUGAAGGUUCUAGAGCAGACCAUGGGAGAGCCUUUAGACAGAUAUCUCGACUAA